UACUGUUCAGGAGAUGGCGGCCCCGUCUCUGGGUGGAGUCCCGUUCAGAUGAGAAAGGUCACGAGGGCUCUCAUCCUUCGGGUUUGCUUCAGAGGUGUGACUCGGCCAUCCUCGCUUCCUCCUCCUUUUUCUACACUGCCUGCUGCUCUGUCCCCCCCCUCCCUGCUCGCGGACCUGCGUCACACGCACGCACGCGCUACCGCUCUAUCACGAGACUUUCUUGGACGGCGGCGCGGCGCCCCGUCUGGACGGUCAAGCGAGUCUGACCGGGGCUCGGGGGGCUCGGGGUACCCGGGGUACCCGGGGUGGGGAGGCGUGGGAAGCGAGAGCCAGCCAGCUACACAGCAGAGCAUUGCAAAGCCCCCCCCCGCCCCACUUCGGCGAGCUGCCGGACGAGCGUCGGCGCGGCGGCGCACAAAUCCUCUUAGUGACAUGCCCGAAGUCAAGCCCAUGUUCCGAGAAGUCCUUCCCAAACAAGGGCGACUCUCCAUGGACGAUGUGCCCACUAUGGUCCUCUGCAAGCCUAAACUUCUGCCGCUGAAGUCUGUCACCCUGGAGAAACUGGAGAAGAUGCAGCAGGAGGCACAAGAAAUCAUUCGGCAGCAGGAGGCUGCACUGAAAGAGCAGAGACAACAGGAGCAAGCCCAGUCUCAGUAGGGACUGGGGGUGUAAUAACAACAUCUGCCAUUUGGGGGCGCAGUAUGGUCACAACCUAAUAAUAUCCUAACAUAUCACAGUAGCUAGGGUGAACUUCCCCAGUGUACCCACUGAAUACAUUCUAGCAUAGAAUAGUAAGUAUGGUGUAGCGCUUUGUGUGCUUCUGGUUGAUUGUGAGUGCUCUUAACCACCACUAAGAGGGUGUUUACCCGUUUCAUGUAUUUAGGAGCUCUAGGGAGAUUGUCAUGGUAACAAGUUAAUCCCUCGAAGUAGUUCACUGGACUUUCAUGUAGCCUGUUUAGUUUAUAUUUCAAUAUUGGACUACUGCACUCAAUGGGUAGAUGGCAUAUUUCAAUUUCAACUAUUUAAUCUUUACUUUUAAUAUUUAAUCUCAACUUACCUUGGGAGCAAGUUGUGUGGGUAGCAUGUUUCAUAAGAGUGGAUAAGUUUAGGCUUUUUUUGAGAAUCAUCAGUGACCUUUAAAAAUUGUGCAAAACUAGACGUAGCGGAACUUUCCACUGUCUGAUCUAGUGCAGGAACGCAUGCUUGGUAUCCUCUGUGUCACAUUAGCUGCCUGUAAUGCAGAAUGCAAAUUGGUUGGGUUCCUUUGGGUAGUUGCUAUGUCUCAUUUAGCUCUGCAGUGUCACCUACUCUCAGCCAGGGCAGCUACACUGUUGUGGGCAAUAGGCUCUUAAAACCACGGGUUGCCUUAAAGUACACAGUGAUUCUAGUGGAAACAGUGUGAGCUCACCAUGCACUGAGAGGAGAGACCUUUGAGAGAUGAUGUAAAAUAUGGGUGGAGGGCAUUACACCAAGAUCAGGAUUUACUGCUGGCCAGGGAUCUGUAUAAAGGACUUAAGCUUCUCAUUUGCAGCAGAAACAGAAACUUCCAUAUUGAAACCAUCAGUAAUCACAAGAGUGACUGAAAAGAUUUUUUUCUUUGCAGUUUAUUGUAAACAUGAACAGCGAGCAAGACUGGGCACAUUUCACUUACCAGUGUUCUUAAAUAUAAAAAUAAACAUUCUAGACACCA